AUGGCGCCCAAGAAGAACGUCCGCGACAUCACCCCCACGGCCGCUGCUGUGCAGGCCAGCGCUGCCGCACCCGCCGCAGCUUCUCAGCCAAAGGCUAAGAAGAGCGGCGAUAGCUGGGACAAGGUGCUGCAGAACAUUUACGACCACUAUAUCCAGGAUACCCCCCAGCGCACCAAGCUGAUUGACGUCUUCCUCGUUCCGGGCGCAUCAUGCGAGACGCACCAGAUACUAACGAGCACACAGCCUUUCAACGCUUUCCUGUCUGGUUUCUCGGCUACGGUUGGACAGUUUGUCCUGACGGCUUCAUUGCGAGUUCAGACCAGCCAGUCCAACAAGACCGAGUUCCCUUCAGUGUCUCCCGAGAGAGCAUUCGCCGACUACGUCGUCUGCAGCUUGAUCCUGCAUUUCUUCUGCGUCAACUUCAUCAACUAG